AUGCAUUUGAGCUUCAUAAAACAGAAAUACUCACAGAGUCAUAUGUUCAAAGGGACGUGUGUGAGCGAUACCAACUGUGGGAAUGUGUGCAAGAACGAGGGGUUUCCGGGUGGAAAGUGUCGUGGUUUUCGCCGACGCUGCUUCUGCAUCAAACACUGUUAA